GGUUUGCAAUCGCAAAAUUGCAGAUUUGAUAUUUCUGCUGAAUCACUAUUUCCUCUGAUAGUUUCAACUUAUGUAUUGAUUUAAUGGACGGAAAAUGCAUUCCUCCAACAGCGUCACAAAUGAUUUAAGAAACAUCGCCCUGCGACAAUCAAAGGAAAAUAUCGAAAUAGUUCCACAAGAGGCAUGCGUACAACAUAAAGGUCCUGAGACAAUGCUCCAAGAGCGACUAUUACGAGAAUCCAAGCAGUUAGCAACUGCUCCAGAUAGGCGAAGUAGCAGUGAAUUAAAUUUGAUGUCACCAUCACGAGAGCAAAAACGAUUGUCUGUGAUGUGA